AUGCUGCAAGACCAGGAUCGCAGCAGACGGGCCAAGAGAAAGCACGCGCAGACCUCUUCUUCUUUCGACCGCUGGCUAGAACGAACGCAGCGGCGUGGUGCUGGCGCGCACGGUAGCGGAGUGGAUCACCGGUCUUACAUGGACGACGGAUGCCACGUCGACCCGCAAAGCAUCGGCCGGGCUGCGCUGGGCCACCGCAGCAGCCACGCGCCGCUGCCUUGGUCGCCGGUGCUGUACCCUAUCUCCCCUCCGGGGCAGCACAGCCGCCUGGAAGAUUUAGAAGCUCGGUUGCUAAUGCAAGGGCACUACAACCAUCUUUUCCCAGCGGCCGCUGCACGCGACGAGGUGGGCUAUAACGCCAUCAGCGCACCGCAGGUGGCGCCCGCGAGCCGGACUCUGGAUAUGCCGCCCAGCGAUGCGGCAUCUUCGCACUCGUGCGGCGGCGUCGCAUACUCGCUCGGCGGUACCGUGGAUGGAAUAGCCAAGGAUGGCGGUCGUUCUGUCGCGAUUGGCGGGCCGUUGUUUCUCAGCACACCCCACCGCCAUACUCAGGAAGUGAGGAGCCGCUGCGCGCUGCCGAGCGGCGGCACCGAUGCGACGGGUGUCAUCAGCGCAGCCGAGGUAGAGGCAGAGCGGUACAUUGCGCGUCUCGAGGAAGAGGUGCAGACGCUGAUGAUGGAGAUCUCUGACAAGGAUCGCUGCAUUGUCUUGAUUUCGGCUGCGAAGGAGGCGAUGGCGGUUCAGCUGCAGGAGCAGAUGACGAGAGGGGACCUAAUCUCGGACGAGAGCGCCACGCGGCAGAUGCUGAGCUACAACUUUAUGCGUAGGGUGGCGUUCCAUAAGACACAGGCGGAGAGUAACCUGGCACUGGAGCUCAACACCCAAAUCUCCGUUCUCAAAUACGAGCUGAAACUUGCAGAAACCAUGCUAGCGCAGUCGCAGAGCAGCGCCACCGCCGCGGCGUCUCAGCACCAACAGCAGCUGCUCAAGGAAAAGAAGGGCGAGGACGAGCUGGCCCGCUCCUUCUCCGCCACUUUAAGGUCUCUCCUGCAGGACGAGUACGAUCGUCUGGCGCAGCUUGUGUCAGAGAUGCCAAGCAAGGUGCAGAUGAUAAUGUCCGCAAGUGGUAGCACGCCGCGCGGCGAGGGGGACAAUGCCGCAAAGGAUGCGGUGGCACUCCAGCAGCGACGGCUGCACGAAUUGCUAGAGUCUCUGCUCGCCUCGCGCGGUGGUGCGGCAGCCUCGCCGUCGCCACCGCCGCUCAAGGACGCGGACUCGUCGCACCUUGUCGGCCUUGUCUCGAGUGUGUGCCGCCAUCAUGCUGCUAUGACUGAUAUCUACUGUGCCGAGGCCGACCGGAAGGCAGCGUUGGCGCAGUAUGAGGGCGACAUUGUGCGCCUCAUCAGUGCGAAGCAAAGCGUGCUUACCUGGGCAACGCUGUAUCAGGAAAAGAAGGAUGAGGUCAAGCAUCUGAAGGAGAAGAUCAUGAGCCUGCGGGCCGAACUGCGGGCUGCACAAGAGCAGAGUCGACGAGUCGUCAGCAGCGGUCCGAGCGCGGGUGGCGGGGUGGGUAGCGCCAUCAGCACGCAGAGAUACGAGGCGUACGCUGCGCCAUACGUGCCUGCCUCGGCGAAGCUGCGAAGGUCGUCGCGUGAUGCACCUGAAAGCUCUUCUAUCUCACCGCAGAUGAAGCCUCGAGCUGCUGCCAUCAAGAUGCCGAUCGGCGUACUGCGAGAAGAGGCUCGGCGCCUCGGUGCCCUGCCGGCGUCGUACUACUGGCCGCUCGUCAGGAGCGCGUCCCCGUCAAUGGGCUCUCUCUCCGCAUCAAGCAGCCCGGCGAAGGCGGAACGGAGGCUUCGGAUUCAAGACCGAAAGCAUGAGGCGAGCGGCAAGCGCGGUGGCUCUGAGGAGGCGGUUGCGGCGUCUGCUGUUGUCGAAGUGCUCACAGUCGUCAGCAGCUCGAGUCACGCGUGCAGCCCGGCUGUGUCCGCCAGUCAAGCCGCACCGCGCCAGCUGGAAAGUGGAGGCACGUCGCCGUCAGCACCGUCGCCUCGGGCGGCGCUGCCACGCACAGAGAAAGCUCAGCGCUCUGCUGCGCAGUCGCAGCCGCGGGUGCGUGGCCGGAGACAACGCUCGCAGACGACGAGUCAGAAGUGUAGUUCACGAACGGCUCUCUCCAGCUCGUCGUCCUCGUCCCGUCAAAGUAAGGUGCUUCCUGCUGCCCGCGCGCUGAAGGUGGCAACGUUGAAGCGCGUAUUCGCAGCGGAGGAGGCGAGUAGCUUGGACUCUUCAUCCUCGGCCUCCUCCCUAUCUGUACUCAGCCACACCAAACCGCAGAGGGCGGCUGCCAAGCCCACAGCGGCGACGGCGACGCAGCAGCCCCGACCGAAGGCACUGCACAACUCCUUUGACGAUGCCGACAGCGGUUCGAGCGACGCGGGAGCAGCGACGGUGCCAGAGGGCACUUUCGAUGCGUUGCACAGACGUUCAACCUCAAAGCUUGCAGCGACCGGUGCGUCUGCCAAGGCCGCCGUGUCCAGCAAGACGAUCUCCUCGGCCGCCGCAGCGUCCGAGAACCCAAAGAAGCACCGCGCAAAGGUAGGGGGAGGCGAUGACGCGUCGUCUGCCAACGUCAGCAUGACGUCGCUCUCAUCCGUACCUGUGAAGACCACCGUCGGCGGCCUGAGCACCUCGGCGCGUACGAUCGAAAAUAAGGGCACAAGCGCCGCCUCCGCCAAGCCAACUCACAUGCGGAGGUCAUCCUUUGAUGAGGACGACAGCGACGAUGGAGCCGAAGACAGCAGCAGCAGCUCCGACAACGCCUCGGCCACCCCGGUUCCUGCACCGCGUGCCAGGGUCGGCUCAAGCACGGCAAGGGCCUCCACCGCGGCAGCGAAGCCUUCAGCAGAAAGACGAUCGGUUUCUGCUACCACCAACACCACCCCUUCCACUUCUAGGCUCGGGGAGGCGACAUCAAAAAUAUUAUCUGCAAAGCCAACCAAGCUGAAACUACCCACGUGGUAA